AUGACAACCUACGGCGGCGGCGUGCCUCUGUCCUACGUGACCCCCGAGUUCCCCGCGCUUUACUGGCCCGUUCACGCCAACCCGGGCGAGCCGCAGUACCUCUAUUUCCUCGCCGACAUCUACCGCUACACGCUGUACUGGACGCUGAUCACUAUGGUCGCCGCGCACGCGUGCGUCGCCGCCUGGGCUGUGCUCAUGCAGUUCGCCUCGGCCGACCAGCGCCGCAAGUACCUCAACUCCCCGCAGGGCCGGGCACUCAGUGCGAAGAACAGGAAGCUGCUGGGGGACAAUCCGAUCGGCGAGACGCUGAGUUGGGUCUGGAUCGUGCCCAUCGUGUACAUUGUCAUUGGGGCGAGCGAGGCGUUGCUGGCUGGCAGCUUGGUGGGAUUGGUGCUAGGCGCAGUCUACAAUGCUGGGUACUUUGGGAUGAGUACCUGGACGCCGUUGUUGUGGGGUGCGAUCAAUAUGCUCGUGUUAGUCGUGAGCAGCUUCAGAAUACAGGGUGGAUUGUGA